GUCAAGGUGGGAAGAGGAGGUGGAAUCCAGGGACUGGCUCGCGCGACUCCCGCAAUGGCUCAACGUGGUUCCCCCCAUCUCUCCCUAAAGAAACAAAAAUGAAAGAGAGAGGCCAUUAAUGGAAGCUGAUUCCACCGGCAGUGCAGUUGGCCCACCGGCCGCCGAGGAUUCCUCAUCUCCGGAUGUGGAUGCGGAUGCCCUCGCCUUUCCCCGCGGCCUUUUAUACCCCCUUCCCGUUCCCGGAAGCUCUGAGCUCACCAUCCUGCGAGACAUUGGUUCCGUAGGUGAAUUCCGUUUGCAUCUCCGCAUCCGGGGCUUGUGGGAGGCGUUUCCACCGAUUCCCUUCGAGGUUUGCGUUUGAUCCUGCGGAAAGCCAUCACAGAGAGAAGAGAGAUUCCAGCAGUUGGUAGGCUUGCAGAACUUCUGAGUAUCUGAUAUUUGGAGAAAAUGAACGCACUGGUCGCAACAAGUAGAAAUUUCAAGCAGGCUGCUAAGCUGCUGGGAUUGGACUCUAAGCUGGAAAAAAGUUUGCUAAUUCCAUUCAGAGAGAUUAAGGUUGAGUGCACAAUUCCAAAAGAUGAUGGCACUUUGGCAUCUUUUGUGGGGUUUAGGGUGCAGCAUGAUAAUGCCAGAGGCCCUAUGAAGGGAGGAAUCAGAUACCAUCAUGAGGUUGACCCAGACGAGGUGAAUGCCUUGGCACAAUUAAUGACUUGGAAAACAGCUGUAGCAAAUAUACCAUAUGGGGGUGCUAAAGGUGGAAUAGGAUGCAGUCCUGGAAAACUUAGUUGUUCUGAACUUGAGAGGCUUACCAGAGUUUUCACACAGAAGAUACAUGAUCUAAUUGGCAUUCACACUGAUGUUCCAGCACCCGAUAUGGGAACUAAUUCACAGACAAUGGCUUGGAUACUUGAUGAGUACUCAAAAUUUCAUGGCCACUCACCAGCAGUUGUGACUGGAAAACCUAUUGAUCUUGGUGGAUCUCUGGGUAGAGAGGCAGCUACUGGAAGGGGGGUCCUGUUUGCAACAGAAGCCGUACUUGCAGAAUAUGGAAAGAGCAUUAAAGAUCAGCGCUUCAUAAUACAGGGCUUUGGUAAUGUUGGUUCUUGGGCUGCCCAACUUAUCAGUGAAGCUGGUGGUAAGGUGAUUGCUAUAAGCGAUGUAACAGGGGCUGUCAAGAACACUAAUGGUCUUGACAUCGAAAAACUACUUAAGCACAGCGCGGAGAAUCGUGGAAUCAAAGGUUUCAGUGGUGGAGAAUCAAUUGAUCCAAGUUCCUUGCUUACUGAAGACUGUGAUGUUCUUAUUCCAGCAGCACUUGGAGGUGUAAUAAACAGGGAAAAUGCUAAUGACAUAAGGGCCAAAUUCAUCAUUGAGGCAGCAAAUCAUCCAACUGACCCUGAGGCUGAUGAGAUCUUAUCAAAGAAAGGUGUUAUCAUUCUUCCAGACAUAUAUGCAAAUUCUGGCGGUGUUACUGUGAGUUAUUUUGAGUGGGUUCAGAAUAUUCAAGGAUUCAUGUGGGAUGAAAAGAAGGUUAAUGCGGAGCUGAAAACAUAUAUGACUCGAGGCUUCAAAGAUAUGAAGGAGAUGUGCAAGACGCACAACUGUGACCUCCGCAUGGGUGCUUUCACACUUGGAGUCAACCGAGUUGCACGAGCAACCGUUCUCCGAGGAUGGGAAGCUUAGUGGCCUGAUUCCCCCUUUUUCCAUAUUGCGACAAAAUAAUAGUUCCCUAAUUGUCAUUUAGAGAACAAUUUGGGCCCUGUCAUCAACAAAAACUUCACCUGAUUUGACUUUGAUGUGAGGUACUGUGAGGUUGGGUAUGCUUGAUGGUCAUCAAUCACUUUGAUUUUGAUGAUCUUCUUUUUCUAAAACCAAAUCAUUAGUAUUGAUCUGAUUUUAUGCAAGACUUCUUUGGCAAGAGAAUUUGUGAAACUUGCUUUUGCUGAUUUUAUGUUGUUGUGAAAAUUCAGUGAUGAAGAAAACAAUUGGAACAAGGUAGUUGGCCAA